AUGCGAAGAACACCGACUCUGUUCUUCGCAGCUUCGAGAUGUGCGCGGCUCAGUUGCACGAGGAGACGGUACUCAGAGCCCAUAGUGCGGAUCACCAAUGGCACCUUUUACCGGCGACAUCCAGCAUCGAAACUGGAGCAUGAUGCAGCGCCUAAUCCGCCAUUGUUUCCCGAUUUGAGUCUUUCUCUUCCUUCUUUCGCGACGCCGAACCAGCAUUGGGCCAUUCUGAGCCCCUCGUCGAAUAUAAGGACCGCCUUUCUUCAGAUUCUUCGUGGACAGCUGCUCUGCUUCCCGCCCACGGCGCGCUCAUUUCCUUACCUUCUCACUGAGGAGAUAAACUCCAAGAACCCUAAACUGCGCUUCCCGGAGCGUGCAAUCGAGUAUGUGGGAUUUGACGUUGAGCGCAAACCCUUUGGUGGUGCGUACCUUUCGGCGCGCUACGAGAGCAGAGUAGAAGAGACGGAUUUCACGCUUGCGCACUAUUUGACUGGCAUCGUGGGGAUGAAUCCGGGCGAGGAGGUCAUUAAAGAAAAGACGCCGGAACCGGAUGUUAUGAGGAAGGUGGUACGGGAUCUUGAGUUGGAGAGGUUUCUGGAGAAGCCGGUUAGCACGUUGAGCAAUGGGCAGAGCCGGAGAGCGAGGAUAGGGAAGGCACUUUUGAUGAGGCCAGAGGUGCUGUGUUUGGAUGCGCCAUUUAUUGGCUUGGAUCCAUUCGUGUCGCAGCAUAUUUCUCAGGUGCUACAUCGUCUUGCGGAAGCGAAUGCGCCGAGGAUCGUGCUUUCGCUGAGGCCGCAGGAUGUAAUCCCGCCGUGGAUCACUCAUGUCGUUUAUGCGGGCGAGGAUGGGAAAGUCGACGCACUUGGGCCGAAAGAGGAGGUGUUUCAGUAUCUCAAGCGGGAGUAUGAAGAAAUAGAGAUAUCGAUGAGUGCUCGCGCAGGGAAAGGCCAUGAACUCGAUUCGAAGCUGGUCGAGCUCCGAGAAGUCGGCCGACACCUCUCGGAAAGAGGGGAUUUUGAAGCGUACAGUGCGCAAGUGUCUAAGCUGAGUUGUGACGGAUACGAGAAGCUUGAUAAGACAUCACCCAAGAUUAGGGAACCCAUCGUAGAGAUGGAGGGCGUGCGAGUUAAGUACGGCACAAACUCCGUGCUUGGCGACUGGCAGCAGGAUGUCGAUGGCUCGGAGAAAGACGGGUUGUGGUGGACGGUCCGUCGCGGAGAGCGAUGGGGCAUAUUUGGCGCAAAUGGCUCUGGAAAGACCACACUCCUCAGUCUUGUUACCUCUGACCACCCCCAAACAUACUCGGCACCUGUCAAGAUCUUCCAACGCUCACGACUGCCAGCUCCAGGAGUUCCCGGCAUUACGAUAUUCGACAUCCAGUCUCGGAUGGGCCAUUCUUCGCCGGAAGUGCAUGCUCUCUUCCCAAAGAAUCUCUCUAUACGACGCAGUCUUGAGUCCACAUGGAGCGACACACCGAUCACGAAACCCAGACUCGACGCCGAAGCCUCAAACAGGGUAGAGGCUUGUUUGAAGUGGUUCGAAGCCGAACUGAAUCCAACAUUGAAAGAUGGCGAAACGUCAAGCGGCAACCUCGCCUGGGCGUCCCACUUCAUGUUCGGCGAGCUCUCCUUCUCCGCCCAACGCGUCCUCCUCUUCCUUCGCGCCACGAUCAGUAAUCCUGACAUCGUAAUCCUGGACGAAGCUUUCUCCGGCAUGGAUGACUUAGUUCGCGACAAGUGUCUACUGUUCCUCAGCCGGGGAGAGAGCAUGGAAUUGCACUAUACAAACGCUGGUCCCAGCCCGGUGGAGAGCAGCAUUGCCAAGAAAGGAAAGGUGGUAGUGCCGGGAUUGCAGGAGCAUCAAGCCUUCUUGUGCGUGAGUCAUAGUAGGCAGGAAGUGCCUGGCUGCAUAAGAGAAUGGGUCUGUCUUCCGGAACCGGGGAUCGGACAGCCACGAUUUGGGCGGUUUGAUGGGCCGGUAGAGUUCGGAUAUGAGCGGUGGAAUGAGAUUUGGGAUUGGCCGGAGAGGUAAUAGAAUUGAGCAGCCCCGCACCAUGUCUUUUGCUAUACAGGUGUGUAUGUGUGUCUCGGCGAAGUAUUGACAGGCGAACACCCCUUGGAGCGGUGAGUUCAAACAGCCUUGUCCUUCCAUGUUCGCCCCGUACUGG